GAACUAUUGGUUCUCAGCUCUCUGAAGAUGGAUAUUCUGAAGGGAAGCUUGGAUGACAUUUCCAGACCCGCCACUGCGUCUCGUUCCCGUCCUGGAAGUCGCUUGUUAAGUUCCUUCCAAGUGGAUAAACAGAAAGUGACCUCGUCUGUGUGUUCUCUGGAAGUGCUGACUCCGGAGCCGGGAAUAUCACAGACGGAUCUUACGAUGACUUCAGACGAUGAGCAAGAGACUUCUCCUACAGUGUGUUCAGAAGGUCCUGGGGAUGAGGAGACCGCACAGAGUUGUACAGGGAUGGGAGCAGAAGUAUAUCAAGGAAGAACUCCAGACAGGAUGACCAGCCUGCCAGAAGAUCCAGAAGGCGCCACUGAAGAGUCGCCAAGUACAGAAGACAAGAUGGAGCCCAAAGUAGAAAAAGCCAUUAAGAAGAUGAAAGCCCUGGAUGAAAUUUUACUGAAAAAGAUGGCAAAAGAGAAGGAGGUUAAAGCUCAAGGUCUGGAGAUCCGAAACCAACUGUGGGAAGAGCUCCAGCACGUGUCACAGCAGACCUCAGCACGCAGCCAUGAGGAAAAUGUCAAUACCAACAAAUUUCUGGCACUGACUCCGCAGUUGGAUGACCCUGAAGCAGAUGCCACUGUCUUUGAGAAAAUAUUUCCACCUUUAUUUUCCACUCAAGUUCCACCAGCAGACUGUGAUGAGGACCUAGAAGACUGUCGAGGUAAUGUUUCUGGAAUUGAAAGUGGUGACUUAUUGAGCAUCAGUGAAAGAUCACGUCACAGAAAGCACAAAAAUAAAGACCAUAAAAGAACCGAUUUCAUCCAAAGGAACAUUGAGCUAGUGAAAGACGCCGGCUCCCAUGUCCUUCUCAUGGAUGACGAAAAGUUACGACUGGAGCAGCUGUUGGGGGAUGUUCAAGAUGGCUGCAGUGAUGAUGACAUCAUGGCCAGUGUAUCUCUUUGGCUUGUGCCUGGUGAAGGCUACACUCCAGAAACUGGUGACCUUGAUAGGCUGGCUAAGAUAGAAGCAGAACUGCAGAGGUUUUCCAGCCCUGAAGACCCCAUUGUGACAUAUGAUCAUGAACUUGAGAUCUUGUUCCCAGAGCCAAAAGAGGACAUUUCAGCCGUCAAAUUUGGAAACCUGGAGCCUGCACCAGGGGAGAAAGUUUUACGUUACACAAAGGAGUUGCGAGAACAGAAGACACGUCUGAAAGAAAUAGACCAGCGACUUGAAGACAUCCAAAGAAGCAGCAGCACUGGCUUCAGCUCGCUGCCGUGUGACUCAUCUGUACAAAUUUCAUAGUGUUAACACGCGCCUUAUCCUCCACACAAUGUCUCUGUGUUUUUCCAAGCAGUGGGCGACAUGAUGUACAAACGAGAAGAAGACAGAAUGUGCUAAUUAUUACCAGACCGGCUCCUUGAUGGCCCAUACAUGUAGCUUUUGGAGGAGAAGGGCAAAGAUUCCAGCGCAUGCCAAGGAACUGAACUGAUCAGUGGAGCAUUUAUAAUUCUGUACAAUUGUUUGAAAUUGAAUUUGUCAUGAACUUUCAAUAAUCUGGUACAAACCUAGUAUAUGAACCAGAAGGUGACAAACGCCGAAGAAAUAACCACGUUUAAUGUAGAGGGGGUCCCCGGUCCAGGAGUCUAGAGCAGCCGCGAAUAGCAUCUCCCAUCGUGGAGUACCAAGCACAUCCAUGGACCACUCUUUGUUUUCAGUGGACGGUAUGUAAUGCUUCCUCUGCCCUGUGGUGGCGCUGCCUUGAAACUGAACACUUGCUGCUGGGUUCCUCCAGGGACACUCAACAUAAAAUUAGAUCCCAUCUAAC